AAAAAAUAUAUUUCUUAGGCUUUUUUAACAGUGUAAAGAGAAGUGAAGAAGAAGAAGAAGAAGAGGGAAAAAGAAAAAGGGUAUUUUUUUUAAUCAAUUUUUUUUUAUAGAGAGAGAGAGAGGGAGGGAGCGUUAGAGAGAGAAAGUGGUACAGAAGGAAGCGAGUGACCAUGUCUUUGGGCUAUGCAGAGAAGCUUUCGUUUAUAGAAGAUGUGGGUCAAGUGGGAAUGACCGAACACUUCGACUCAUCCAACGUUUUGCAAGAAAAAAUCGAACGUCUUGCAACAUUGAUACGAAAGAGUAAGCAUCUAGUGGUGUUUACAGGUGCAGGAAUAUCAACCGCUUGUGGUAUACCGGAUUUUCGAGGUCCAAAGGGAAUUUGGACUCUUCAGCGUGAAGGAAAAGCCUUGCCCGAAGCAUCAUUGCCAUUUCAUCGAGCCAUGCCAAGUUUGACCCACAUGGCUUUGGUUGACUUAGAAAGAGCUGGUAUUUUGAAGUUUGUCAUUAGCCAAAAUGUUGAUGGCCUCCACCUUCGAUCAGGAAUACCAAGAGAGAAACUUGCCGAAUUACAUGGAAACUCUUUCAUGGAAACCUGUCCUUCUUGUGGAGCUGAGUAUUUGCGGGAUUUCGAGGUUGAAACUAUUGGAUUGAAGGAAACUUCCAGACGCUGUUCUGCUAAAAAAUGUGGUGCAAAACUCAAGGAUACAGUGCUUGAUUGGGAGGAUGCAUUGCCCACAAAGGAGAUGAAUCUUUCUGAGAAGCACUGUAGGAUGGCUGAUGUUGUCUUAUGUUUGGGGACAAGCCUGCAGAUCACUCCAGCAUGCAACCUUCCUCUAAAAUCACUUCGUGGUGGGGGAAAGAUCGUAAUUGUUAAUCUCCAGAAAACUCCAAAAGACAAGAAAGCAAGCUUGGUGAUUCAUGGAUUCGUCGAUAAGGUAGUUUCAGGUGCCAUGAAGUUUCUUAAUCGACAGAUUCCACCAUUUGUCCGGAUUGAUCUUUUUCAGAUCGUUCUAAACCAAGCCUUGAGUCUAGAUAAACGAUAUGUGAAUUGGACCCUUCGAGUAUCAAGCGUACAUGGACAUAAAGCUCCUUUGCCGUUCGUCAAAUCUGUUGAGGUUUCUUUCUUAGACAGGGAGGACUAUAAAGGCGCUAUUUUGGAAAAAGAACCAUUUCAGCUGAAAAGGAGAACCGUUCUAACAAAAUCCUUUGAACUAGUUUUGAAGCUGAAUUUCAGUGAAGGCUGCGGCUGUCCAUAUAUAGAAAUGAACAUUCCUAUUGACUUCACGGUCCCAACCGAUUGUUUUAAUCUCGACAAAGAUGCCAUAUUGCAAGAGCUGAGAGAGACUGCAGUACAAGAAUCUUGCUGUGGACAGACUGCGGUUAUUGAGAGAAAGGAAAUCUUAACACCGAAAAGCGAGGAAACUAUCUACGCCGUGGUCACCAACAUUGUCAGGCACAACAAGACCACCAAAGCCUCGGAAGCCGGUGACUCUCUAAGCAAUGGCGAAAGCAUGAAAAGGCGGCUUGAAAAUGGCAGCACCGGGACAUUGAAGAAGAAGCGAUCCAAAAGCCAUCAUAAGAAAAAGUUUAUAACUACAACACCUCCUUCCCUUUCUUCUUAGCAAGCUAAUAUAAAAAGUUGUGAUAUGGGGUUUUCUUUGUGUAAAUAUAUAUAUAUUCAUAUAUAUUGUCACUUCUGAUUAGUAGACACUAACCGAAAUUAAAAACAAAAAAAAACUAGUUUAGGGACUAGGUGAAUUUUGCUAGAUACACCACACUUGGUCUCCUUAACUAUAUUUGUAUCUUUACUUGUGGUUUUUGGUGUUGCACAUUAUGGCUUUAGAACUCCUAGACAAAGAAAUUCAUUGAGUUCAUGCCACAUUUCUUUGAUCA